AUGGAGGGUCUGAUCAAGGGUUUGAUCGAUGUGGCGCUCGGUCGCGACGAGAACAGGAAUGAAGAUCCGGGCCCACGGGACCGGGAGGAACAGUCCAGAUCCACCUGGGCUCAGGUAGUGUCCGGGGAGGAGCAAGAUGAGCAUGACAGUGAUCGCCCACAUGGGUCCAAGCAGAGUCAUUGGAAUCGACAGGAACAGAGUCAUUUGGGGCGUGCAGAGUGGGACAAUGUGGAUUCGGAACUUUCAAGGCGACCCCACAAGAUAUCUCAAAUGCAGGCUGCACAUGAGGGAUAUGAAAGGAAUGAUGAUGGUGGACGACAUGGUUAUAACCAAAACUACUCAAGGAGGAAGGAUGAAGAGGAAAAUAAGGAUGGCUGGGAGACUGUUGGAAAGAGGCCUCCAAGGCAACAACCACACAAGAUUCAGAUGGGCCAGUGGAAUGGAUAUAAACGGCCUUCCACUGAGCAAAAAUACUCUGAUGAGGCUGAAGUAGGUCCUAAAAUAGAACCUUCUGAAGAAGAGCUUUCUGAUCUGUCACGAGCUUGCAGUAAAAUUUGGGAACUUGAUUUAAACCGUUUAGUGCCUGGAAAGGACUAUGAAAUUGACUGUGGUGGAGGGAAGAAGGUCUACCAAAAGGAAGAUUUGGCAGAAGGCAGCUUAUUUACCUGGCUGAGUGAAGAUAUAUUCAGGAGACCUACUUUUUCUCGUUUCUGUUCUCUUUUAGAUAAUUACAACCCAAAUGAGGGGUGCAAAGAAGUUAUCACAUCUGAGGAGAAGCAAGAGCAGGCUGCAUUCAUAGAAGAAAUCAGCAGAACUGCUCCCAUUAAAUAUCUUCACAAGUAUCUCUCACGCAAGGGCAUUCUAUCUGAGAGCUAUCAAGAUUUUAAAAGAACAUUGACCACUCUCUGGUUUGAUCUCUAUGGCCGUGGUGGUACAUCUGCUUCCUCCUCUGCUUUUGAACACGUUUUUGUUGGAGAAAUUAAGCAACGUGGUGAAGAAGAGGUUUCGGGCUUCCACAACUGGCUUCAGUUUUACCUUGAAGAAGCAAAAGGAAGAGUUGACUAUCAAGGUUAUAUUUUCCCCCGUCGACGUGGGCAAACUCCAGACUCUGAAACCCAGUUGCUUACGAUCCAGUUCGAAUGGAACGGUGUUUUGAAAGCUGUAUCAAGCACUUUAGUUGGAGUGAGCCCAGAAUUUGAAAUUGCAUUGUACACCCUGUGUUUCUUCAUGGGUGGAGAGGACAACCAUAUUGAGCUGGGUCCAUACCAAGUUAACAUUAAAUGCUAUCGCUUCGGAGACAGAAUUGGAUCUGUGUUUCCUAUGGCAGAAUGUUGA